AUGCCAGAAAAAAAAUGUGACUCCUCGGUGGACAGACUUCGUUGUGUUACUUUGUACAGUAUAUCGAUAUCCACUUUUGCCACCCUGGCUUGUGUAAUAGCAGUACCACUAUUUUGCAAUUACUUGCAGUCUAUGAACGCACUCAUGCAAAAUGAACUUGAAUUUUGCAAAUCCCGUUCUGUAGGGAUUUGGAAAGAAGUAACAAAAACACAGUUGUGUAUUUCAAGUAAAAUAUUCUGCCACAAAAACAAAAAUGUUCUAGAAGCCCUAGCAGUGGUGCUAACUGUGAGCUCAAAGCAGGAUAAAAAAAUUGAUGCUUCAGGAGCUGGUGUCAUUACACAACAGAGUGAUAUGUCAAAAUCAAGCUAUGUUUAA